GCUUGCCUGCUUCUACAACCUCUCCUAAUUCUCGUCUCCGGGGGAGAAGUGGAGAAUAAGCGUUUCUAUGCGGCAGGGCGCUGAAAUCCCAAAAUAAAGCUCCGCCGUCACCGACAAGUGACAACAUUCCAUGGCUCUCUGUCAAAUCCCAAAAGCCGCAACUGCCUAUCUCUAAAGUCUAACGCUCUCGUUCCAUCUCUCUCUCUCUCUCUCUCUCUCUGCACUUACCCGCAUGUGUAGCUUCUCUACUCAAUGACCCUCUGCGUGCGAGCUUCUAAAGCUUUAGCCUCUACCACUAUCUCCGCUGCUUGGCACCCAUUUGCUCUUAAGAUCCGCCCCCCUGCUGUCUACAAAACCAUUUCGUACCCCAUUUCUCCGUUCCAAUCUCCUCCCAUUUACAACAACAGGAAAGCAAUGGCUCUUUUCUCAUCAUAUCCAGCUUCCUGUCCCAUAAUAAGAUGCUCUUCCAAUAGAGAUAGUCACGAACCAAACAGGCAAAAGCUGAACAACAUCAGAAUUAUUGGUACGUCCUCUGCUAAAGCUGCUGUUGAUCAUAUUCUGAGCCACACGGCUGGAGUCGCAAACACAUUCAAUUCAAUCACUUCUGUUCCGGAAAAUGGGUACAUCCCAAAAGAAGAGAUUCGACAAAAUAUUCCGACGAGGAAGAAAUUGGUGGAUCCUCAUCGUCAAGGUCUCAUCACUCAAGGAGGUGUCGGGUACAGGCAGACUGUUGUCAUUAGGUCCUAUGAAGUUGGUCCUGAUAAAACUGCUACUCUUGAGAGCAUCUUGAAUCUUCUUCAGGAAACAGCACUAAAUCAUGUAUGGAUGUCUGGUCUUCUGAGCAAUGGAUUCGGUGCCACACACGGAAUGGUAAAGAAUAAUCUCAUAUGGGUUGUCUCGAGGAUGCAGGUUCAGGUGGAUCACUACCCAAUCUGGGGAGAGAUAAUGGAAAUUGACACAUGGGUUGGAGCAUCAGGGAAAAACGGAAUGCGGCGAGAUUGGCUAGUCCGAAGUCAAGCCACAGGCCUUGUUUUUGCACGUGCCACCAGCACCUGGGUGAUGAUGAACCAGCAAACAAGGCGCCUCUCAAAAAUGCCUGAAGAGGUGAGGGCUGAAAUAUCACCCUGGUUCAUAGAGAAGCAAGCAAUCCAUGAAGAUUCUCCCGAGAAAAUCAUUAAGUUGGACAGCAAAGCAAGAUAUAUGAACUCCAACUUGAAGCCCAAGAGAAGUGAUUUGGACAUGAAUCACCAUGUAAACAAUGUGAAAUAUGUAAGAUGGAUGCUUGAGACCAUCCCAGAUGAGAUUUUGGAGUCUCACCAACUAUCCAGCAUCAUUCUUGAAUACAGAAAGGAAUGUGGGAGCUCAGACAAAGUUCAGUCGCUUUGCCAUCCUGACGAUGAUGGAGUUCUGAAAGAUGGAUUGAAACAAACCAAUGACAUUAAUCUACUCAAUGGAUUUUCUCUUGCAUCAGAAAUCCUCGAAAAUAAUGGGCUUCUGCACCCCUUUAAGAAGGAACCAUUAAGGUAUACACAUCUCCUGCAAACUCAAGGUGAGCGUGGAAGUGAAGAGAUUGUUAGAGGCAGAACCGCAUGGAAGAAAAAGAUGUCCACCCUGCCAUUCCCCUCCUCGUAAAAACAAAUAAGCCAACUUAAAUGGUUUUAGAAGCAGUAAAUUCAGACCUCUCAGAGCAGAAAAAAGAGGUUUAUCAAGGAAAAAUGGGAUUACCCCCGUCCCCCGUCCCAGAAAUUUCUAAAUAUGCAUGAAUGUGUUGAUUCACCGAAGCAGGAUGAAGAUCCUAAUAAUCUUGCCCAAGGUGUGAUGCAGAGUACUUCAACUGUACCGCAUCAGUUACCUAAAAUCCCAGAUCCAACUGGGUGAGUAGGUGAUUUUAAGUUGUGUGGUGAUGAUUGUAAAGGAAAAGAACAAGAAGAUGAAUGAGUAAUUCUACA